CCCUCCUCGGGCAGCGUUUCCAGCCGGAGCGUUUAUGCGGCGCGCGAGGAAGGGGCGCCGGGGCCGCCAUGUCGCGGCUGCACCAGAGCAGGAUCGCGGACUUCCAGGAGGUGCUCGGCGAACCCACGGUGGCUCUGACCAAGCUCCGCGAGCUGUGCUUCAGCGGAAUUCCCUUUGAUGGUGGGCUGCGCUGCCUGUGCUGGAAGAUACUCCUCAACUACCUCCCUUUAGAGAAAGCCUUAUGGAGCUCUUUGCUGAAGAAACAGAGGGAUCUGUAUUCCCAGUUCCUAAAAGAAAUGAUUAUCCAGCCUGGGAUUGCCAAGGCCAACCUGGGUGUUUCAAGGGAAGAUGUGACCUUAGAAGAUCAUCCCCUCAAUCCAAACCCAGACAGUCGAUGGAACACUUACUUCAAGGAUAACGAAGUGCUCCUCCAGAUAGACAAAGAUGUCAGGAGGCUGUACCCUGACAUGGCGUUUUUCCAGCGCCCCACGGAUUAUCCCUGCCUGCUGAUCCUGGACCCCCAGAACGAGUUUGAGACGCUGCGCAGGCGGGUGGAGCAGACCACGCUCAAGUCGCAGACGGUGGCACGGAACCGCAGUGGGGUGACAAAUGUGAGCUCCCCUCUGAAAAGCACCCCCAGCUCUCUGAGCGAGUACGAAGUUCUGCCCAACGGCUGCGAAGCUCACUGGGAGGUGGUGGAGCGGAUCCUGUUCAUCUAUGCCAAGCUGAACCCUGGCAUAGCCUAUGUCCAGGGCAUGAAUGAAAUCGUGGGGCCUCUUUACUACACCUUUGCUACAGACCCUAACAGUGAGUGGAAAGAACAUGCUGAAGCAGAUACAUUUUUCUGCUUUACCAAUCUAAUGGCUGAAAUUCGGGACAACUUCAUUAAGAGCCUGGAUGAUUCCCAGUGUGGAAUUACCUACAAAAUGGAGAAGGUGUACUCCACCCUGAAGGAAAAAGAUGUGGAGCUGUAUUUGAAACUGCAAGAACAGAACAUCAAACCCCAGUUCUUUGCCUUCCGCUGGCUGACGUUGCUCUUGUCCCAAGAGUUCCUGCUGCCAGAUGUCAUCCGCAUCUGGGACUCCCUGUUUGCUGACGACAAGCGCUUCGAUUUCCUGCUGCUCGUCUGCUGUGCCAUGCUGACACUCAUCCGGGAUCAGUUGCUGGAAGGAGACUUCACUCUGAACAUGAGGCUGCUGCAGGAUUAUCCUAUCUCUGAUGUUCAUCUGAUUUUGAAGAAGGCAAAGGAACUUCAAGAUUCCAAAUAGUCCAUGGGCCUAACAAAAGGUGUCAGAGAACUGUGUGGCAGUGGGUCCUGGGAGAUGGCCCCUUGCAGUGUGGUGCACUAAAGCUCCUACUGGUCUCUGCAAGACUUCAGGUUUUGUUAGGGCUACUGGCCACCUUGAAGACUUCCUUCUACUCUAUUUAUUAGGUCAAGGACUGAUUACUUCCCCAUCUACUCGGGUCCUGCACUCCAGAUUUUUCCACAUCUCAAAUGCCUCUUUGCUGCCAAAAGCAGUUCUUUGUAUCUUUUUUUAAUGAUUUUGAGUUUGGGGAGAAAGAAACCUUCUGUCUGCAUAUCCCUGAAGGGAUGGACUCCUGUAUCAUGGAAGUAACACAUGGAGUAACUUCUGAUGGGGAAAGGACAGACUUAAGUCCAGUGAAUUUUGGUGGGUGAGGAUAGAAGGAUCUUCCUCCUGUGAAUAGAAUGUAUUCCAGUGAAGUCACACAUUCUGCCAUUGAAGUAGAUUCUGGAUUCUCCUCCCUGGUGUCUGCACUUGGCCAUCCCUGAGGCGUGUGAAGAAGAUUGUGUCACUUUCUGGUGAAGGUCACCUGGCAG